AUGGAGAGGGUUCCCAGACUGUCAGAUUUCAACCUGUCCGAGGACCGGGGGUUCUUAACAGAAGAGGAUCCUCUGGAAGUGCUUCCGCCCUAUUUCAGUGCCUGGGUGGACCUAGCCAGAGAUACUCCCAAGUUACUGGAAACCCAGCAGCUGAGAGAAUGUGUACACAAGUUGCCGCUCCUGGACCACACCCGGUUACGGGGACACCUGGAGUGGCGGCUGGCCCACCUGGUGCUGAGCAUCCUGGGACAGGCCUACGUGUGGCAGGACGGGGAGACAGAUGUCCCAGCCCUCCUGCCUUGCUGUAUUGCCGUCCCCUGGUACCACGUGUCUGAACACCUGGGAGUCACCCCUAUCAUCUCCCACCACUGUGUCAGCCUGGCUAACUGGAAGAGAAAGGACCCAAAAGGACCGCUGGAGCUGGACAAUCUUCAGAUCAUGUACCACAUCACCUGUCCCAGGGACUUUGCGUGGUUUGCCAUCAUUCCCCUGGCAGUGGAGAUGGACUUCAUCCCAGGUCUACCUCUGAUCGUACAGGCACAGAAAGGGGUAGCUGAAGACAACCCCAAGUUAACCAAAGAUGCCCUCACCGCCAUGAUACCGGUUCUAAAGAAAAUUAACCAGACGUUGGGCAGAACGAGGGAGCAGUGUGACCCAGAAGUGUUCUAUAACGGGUUCAGGUACUUCCUGUCUGGCUGGAAGGACAACGCUGCCCUCCCUCGUGGUCUGAUCUACCAGGGCGUUAGGGAGGAACCAUUCCAGUUCUCCGGAGGGAGUGCAGCACAAGUUGCAACGCUUCAGUGCUUAGAUGAGUUACUGGGAAUCAAACACAAUAGCUCAGAAGCUGCCUUUCUUAUGAGGAUGAGGGACUACAUGCUGAGGGAUCACAGGAACUUUAUCGUUGCUGUGGGCAAGGGUCCGUCUGUACGCAACUUUGUGUCAAACUCCAAUGACCAAGGGUUGAGGACAGUGUAUAAUAUCUGUGUGUCAUUACUCAGGGACUUCCGCUCUAUGCAUAUAAAGGUCGUCACAAGCUUUAUCGUCAUUCCUUCCAAGAAGGCCAAGGGGCACAAGGCAGAAGGUCUAUCGAGUAAAGGUACAGGUGGAACAGGUCUCCUUUCUUUCUUGAAGAGUGUAAGAGACACUACAGUUGCUGCUCUUCUUCCCGAGGUACCCUGUCUCUGAUUGGCCAACAACAUUGGGGCAAGGAAACAGACAGGUCUCCUUCCCAGUGUCUCCUGUCACUGAUUGGUCAACAAGAUUGGGAGAAGGA